UGGUUCAUCUCUAUGCCAAAUUUUUUUUUUUGAUAUUUAAAUGGAAUCAAAUUCUUGAAAGAAGAAGCAUAAUAGUCGAUUAUAUCAACGAAUAACUAUCAAAAUGGCUACCCAAUUCGAUGCUGACAAUGCUGAAAACUUAGAAGAUAUGGAAAAGCAAUUUGCUGUCAAGGCAGUCAUGCAAGCUGAAACCUAUUGGGGAUUAUUAGAAAAGAUUCCUGGUUCAAGAUUAAAGUUAACUAAGCAUGAUGAUGAAAUUUUUGAACAAUUUUUAACUGAUUUUCCAGAAUUUAAAGAACCAAAGAAUGUGGCUAUAAUAUCUGAAGCUGAAAUGAAGAGUGUAACUGGUAAAGCCAGAUGGAGAGCCUUUUGUGAUAAAUUUCAAGAUAUUGAAGAUUAUAACUUUGGUACUUUAUUAAGAUCCAGUGCUUCUGAUUACUAUACUCAAGAAGGUACUAUCUUUGCUGUCAGAAUUCAAUUUUAUGCCAUUGAAAUCGCUAGAAAUAGAUAUGGUUUAAAUGAUUGGGCUAAACAAUAGAUACCUUGAUAGCUUUAAAUCAUAGAUCUGUUCAUUUUAUUUAGAUAAGCUCCAUAAUUUCAUAGACCUCACCCUUCUUCAAACAUUCACCUCUUGUAUAUUUAGUUCCAUUUAGAAAUAAACUGUUUAAUAGUAUAUUUAUUUAUUGGUCAAAAUAUGUGUUGCAAAUGUAGAAUUAACCUUAUUAAUAAGCUCUCUAUGUAGGUAAUUUUUUCAGUUAUUCUUUUCUAAAACAUACCCCUAUCAGUAACACGUACACACUCUACAUCUAUGUUGAUAUUCUGUUCAUUUC